UCAAGGUAUCGAUGCCUUUAUUGCAACGUUAGUUCCAAUGAUUCCCCAUUUAACAUUUUUCAGAACAUACAAUGUUCAAGCUUUUGGUUGUUGUUGCUAAUCACCUCAAACUAUACCUUUUAUAUACAAAUAAGCGUAUUCCCAUGGCUUUCCAAGAAUGAUGACCACCCUCAUGUCAGUCCAUUAGAGAAAGCUGAAUCUUUCGACCAUUUGAUGCGAAUUUGGCAAAAAUAUGACUUUGAACAGCACGUGGUUCGAACAAAGGACGAUUAUCUUUUAUGUGUACAUCGGAUACCAGCAGUAAAGCAGCAAACAACAACAAAGCAACGGACGUUGAAACCGUCAAAACAAUCGUCGGACACGACAUCGAAAAUUCAUGUGAUAGACAAUCUCGAUAAUUUCGACAAGCAAUUCCCACCCGUACCCGACAAUGCAACCUACAAGCCCGUUGUCUUGCUCUAUCAUGGCUUCCUGAUGUCGUCCGAAGUGUGGGUGUGCAAUGUAGACGAGCACCGAAACUUGCCACUGUUGUUGGCAGAAAAGGGCUAUGACGUAUGGCUAGGAAACGCACGUGGAAAUAAGUACAGCCAGAACCAUCUGUGGCGUAAUCCACGGUACCACGAGUUUUGGGAGUUUUCUCUAAACGAAUACGCUAUAUACGAUCUUCCUAACGUAGUGGAUUAUAUCCUAGAUCAUACAGGUGCUCCCAACUUGACGUACAUUGGAUUCUCGCAAGGCACUGCCCAAGCGUUUGCGGGUCUUUCCAUCAACCCGGCUCUGAACCGCAAAAUUAACCUGUUUAUUGCCAUGGCGCCUGCUACUACGCCCAAGGGGCUUCAUCACCCGCUGAUUGACGCAUUCGUCAAGGCAACGCCUUCUGUCAUUUACCUCUUGUUUGGCAGGAAAACGCCGCUAAAACUUGCAUUGUUCUGGCAACGCAUUAUAUCUCCGCCCAUGUUUGUUAAAGUGAUUGACGCCAGCGUCGGGUUCCUUUUCGGAUGGACUGGACGAAACAUGACUGCCGAUCAAAAGCUGGUUAGCUAUCAACAUCUUUAUAGUCUGACAAGUGUCAAGUCGCUCGUGCACUGGUUCCAAAUCAUCCGUACAGGCCGAUUCCAGAUGUAUGAUGAGCUACCAAGCCGCCUUCCUUAUCACACUUCCAACGCUGUUGCAGACCAUCUUCCUCCACGAUUCACUACCAAACAGAUUACUACUCCUAUCGCCAUAUUCUAUGGCGGCUCUGAUUCUCUAGUUCAGUUUGACGUGCUCUCUGCUGACCUGCCGUCACCACUUGCCUACGUAAAGGCGAUCAAACGAUGGGAGCAUCUUGACUUUUUAUGGGCAGAAAAGAUCGAAGAUAUUGUGUUUCCUGAUAUUUUAAAACUGUUGCAACAUUUCAAUAGCCCAGCCAAUAGCACUGUCACCCCUCGUCCUAUUCCUCCACUCGAUGCCAAAGUAUUCGACUACAGCAACAGUACGAGUAGCAGCAGUAGAAUUAUUAGUGAUGAUGACGAGCUUAGCACAAGUGCAAGGAAGCUUGGAAAUCAGGACUAGACAAUAUAUAAAACUUGAAAGAGCGAAUUGUCCUUUCUUCUUUGCUGUUUGGAUUGUUAGAUAAUAGUUGUUAUACUUUCGUGCGGGGUAGU